GACCACGUUCUGAGACCCCCCCUUUUCAGCAUAUGCUUUCUUGCUCUUUUACUCUUCCUCUUUUAACCUUAUUAUUGGUAUUUUUCUCCUUCUUCAUCAUUGUUGUUAUUUAGAGGAGUAGAAUGAAAGAUUGGGCUGCUCCGCUGAUAGCCGCGGCGCUUUUCGCGUUUUUGUGUCCCGGAAUGCUCUUCCAAAUGCCGGGAAAGGAAUCUCCAUUCCAAUUCAUGAACAUGCAGACUAAUGUGGCCUCCAUGUUCGUCCACGCCGUUAUCUAUGGUUUGUUACUUAUUUUGUUUCUUGUUGUUCUUGACCUCCACCUCUAUGCUUAGCACUUCAGCACCACCAUAUUCAAAAAAAAAAAAAAAAAAGAGGGAGAGAGAGAGAGAUUCGGUUUAGUUGAAAUAGACCUUAUCGGUUCUAAGUGUCUUUACAGCUUUUGGUUUUUCACUCUUUCUUGCUGCAUGUAAUAUUAGUUUUUGCCUAAAUUUGCUUUGUGCAAAUGAGAACAUUGUAGUGAAACCAAAAAUUGUAUUUUUUUUUU